AUGGCAGAACGAACCGAACAGCGAAUUUGCAUAAAAUCUUGCUUUAAUCUCGGUAAAAGUUGUGCGAAAACUAUUGAAAUGUUGCAAAAGGCCUUUAAAGAUGAGUGUAUGGACCAAUCACAAAUGAAAGAGUGGUAUAGGCGGUUCAAAAGUGGCCGCAGAUCUGUUGAGAGUGAUCCUCGUUCUGGCCGACCUCCGACGGGCACAUCCUCGGAUAAUGUCGAGCGUGUGCGUGUCGCAGUUGAACAAGAUCGUCGUUUGACUGUGAGAGAACUAGAAGAUGAACUUGGAAUAUCAAAAAGUACUGUUUGGCGAAUUUUAACCAAGAGUUUGGGAAUCACACGUGUGUGUGCUUUAAUAAGUGGAAACAUCGAUAUAAGCAUCUUGUUCAAUCAAAUGGGGACUACUUUGAAGGAUGCCACCCCACGGAUGACGAAGAAAAAAUCAAGCGCCAAGAAAUCGAGAUAG